UGGAGGGAGGGAGGGAGGGAGACAGACAGACAGACAGACACCCCGCUCCCCCCCUCCAAGGCUGCGCCCCAGGCUGCCCCCGUUGCGAUUCCCCAGUCAGGCAGCUCGGCGGGGAAGGGCUCCGGAGGGAGGGAGGCUGGGAAAUCCAUACUUCGCUGCGGGAGAGAACGAGGCCUUGCAAGCCUGGGUGAGGGCCGUGUGGGUGCAGCGUUCUCCGACCGCCCACCAUGGCAAUGAGGGAGCUGGUGGAGCCAGAAUGUGGGGGCUCCAAUCCUCUGAUGAAGCUGGCCAGCCACUUCACUCAGGACAAGGGCCUGCAGCAGGAGGGGCUCCGGGGUCCCCUGGCUUGGCCUCCCUCUGCUCCAGCCACUGAGGUGGUGUCCAAGCCUCUUGGAAGAGCCUCAGAAAAUGAACUGGUGGCAGAGUUCCUUCAAGAACAGAAUGGCCCCCUGCUGUCCCGUGCGCCACAAACAUUCAAGAUGGACGAUCUGUUGGCUGAGAUGCAGGAAAUUGAGCAGUCCAACUUCCGUCAGGCCCCACAAAGAGCUCCAGGGGUGGCAGCCUUGGCUCUGUCUGAGAACUGGACGCAAGAAUUCCUUGAUGCUGCUGGCAGCACAGUGGAUAUCUCGACGGAUUAUAGCGAAGCUGACUGGUCCCAGGAGUUCAUUGCUGAGGUCACAGAUCCCUUGUCUGUGUCUCCUGCCAAGUGGGCAGAAGAAUACUUGGAGCAGUCAGAGGAGAAACUGUGGCUGGGUGAAACGGAAGAUCAAACACUGGCUGAUAAAUGGUAUGAGGAAUACCAACCUGAAGACGACCUCAAAAAAACUGCCAAUGAAUUUCUUGCAAAAGUAGAUGACCCCAAGCUGAAUGACUCUGAGUUCAUAAAGUUUGUCCGCCAGAUUGGAGAUGGGAGGGUGUCCAUCGAGGCCAAUCGGGUGACCAUGACCCCCAGAGACCAGGAUCAGGCAGAGCAAUGGGCAGCUGAGUUUAUGCAGCAGCAGAACACAACUGAAGCCUGGGUGGAUCAGUUUGCACAUUCUGGGGAGACGCUGGGCCUAGAUGCAGAGUUUGAGCAGGCCAAGACUGCUGUGGAGUCAGAUGUGGAUUUCUGGGACAAGCUGCAGGCUGAGUGGGAGGAGAUGGCCAAGCGAGAUGCGGAGGCCCACCCUUGGCUAACGGACUACGAGGAUCUCACUAGCUCCACUUAUGACAAGGGAUACCAGUUUGAAGAAGACAACCCUGUACGAGAUCAUCCACAGGCUUUUGAAGAAGGCCUGAAAUGCUUGGAGGAGGGUGACCUUCCCAAUGCUGUCCUGUUCUUUGAGGCUGCUGUGCAGCAGAAUCCUGAUCACAUGGAGGCCUGGCAGUACCUGGGAACGACACAAGCAGAAAAUGAGCAGGAGCUUGCCGCAAUCAGUGCACUCAGGCGGUGCCUGGAGCUGCAGCCUGGAAACCUCACGGCCCUCAUGGCGCUGGCAGUCAGCUUCACCAAUGAGUCGCUGCAGAAGCAGGCCUGUGAAACCCUGCGGGACUGGUUGCGCCACAAGCCCGCCUAUGCUCACCUGCUGGGGAAAGAGCCUGACGUGGACAGCCCGGACCCAGGCCUUGGGCCUUCCAAGCGUGUCCUGGGCUCCCUGUUGACUGACUCGCUCUUUGUCGAAGUGAAGGAGCUGUUCUUGGCAGCUGUCCGUAGCAACACGGCUGCGGUAGACCCUGAUGUGCAGUGUGGCCUGGGCGUUCUCUUCAACCUGAGCGGCGAGUAUGAGAAGGCGGUAGAUUGCUUCACUGCUGCCCUGAGUGCGCGCCCAAAUGAUCACCUGCUGUGGAACAAGCUGGGAGCUACCUUGGCCAAUGGGAACCGGAGUGAGGAAGCCGUGGCCGCUUAUAGGCGGGCUCUAGAACUGCAGCCGGGCUACAUCCGCUCCCGCUACAACCUAGGCAUUAGCUGUAUCAACCUAGGGGCCCACAGAGAAGCCGUGGAGCACUUCUUGGAGGCCUUGUACAUGCAGCAGAAGAGCCGAGGCCCACGAGGCCAGCAAGGCACCAUGUCUGAUAACAUCUGGAGCACCCUCCGAAUGGCGCUCUCCAUGCUGGGCCAGAGUGACCUCUAUGGGGCGGCUGAUGCCCGGGACCUUCCUACCCUGCUACAGGCUUUUAGCCUCCAGCAGUGACUCUUGGAUGGGCUCCCUUGCGAGUGCAGGGUGAGCCCUCAUUAGUGCUUCUCUUCUCUUCCCUCCCUCCCCCACCUCACUCAGGCAGCCUCCUUUUUCUUCCCCUUAAAAUGCCACCCUUUCCUCACCUCUCCAUCUAGGGCAGGUCACUCACAUUUUGUGUUGGACCUGCUACUCUAGAAGUAACUUCCUCUACCCUGUGUGACAUCCAGCAAGGAUGGCUCCUUACUCUAAGCCUAAGAUCCUUAGUCUGCUGGGGGUGCUCUCCUUGGGGAGACAAAUCCAUUGAGUGCAAAAGAGGUUGUUUUUCCUCCACGAACUUUAAAAGGGCAGACAGCUCUGACAGCUCUGUGCCUGUGAGAGCAUGAGAGUAGAAAUCCUCUGGGCAUCAAAGAAAGAAACGGGAGUGGAGGGGGGCUACAAUUGCACAUGAUCAGUUGUGAGAGCGGAAGUGUCCUUGGUACAUCUUCCUGCAUGUAACAGCCCCUCUUCAAGGGGAGGAAUCACCGUGGAAUUUGGAGCCUUCACCUGCAAAGGUGUUACUGACUUUAAAGGUACAACACACAAUGACUGAAAGUAUCUCGUUGAGUACCAGCAUAGCAUACAGGCAACAAUAUCCCUCUGGAUGAGAAGAAGGAGCAACUCUCCCACUUCUCUGCUAAUGCAAAUAGGAAUGCAUCAAGGGAAGGAGGGUGAGGGCAAGUGGAGUUGAAUCCCUGCACCUCCAAAGAUCAGGACAAGAUUUAUGUCUUAAUGAUACUUCUGCCAUUUUGUUCUUGUAAAGUAAAAGGGGCCUGGUUAUCUCUGUGCACAUGAUUCUCCUUCUGUGUAAUUGGCUCUUUAAAUAUAAAUAUCUGUAUAUGAUUUUUUGUUGGGAAAAUGUUUUUAAAUUGUAAAAUAUUUUGUAUAAUAGAAGGGAAAAGAAUUAAAUCUGCCAAAUUAA